UGCAGUUCCUUCUGUUGAUGUGCAGGGUCUUCCUCUCAGGAACAUCCAGCUGUUCUCCAGGCCCAAAUAACUGGGAUAGUUUGGCCCUACAGCACUGACAGCACGUUCCUUGUCGGGAGCAGUUGAAUUUCCAUGGCUCUGUGGAGUGGUUGGAAUUGUGACUUCUCCCAAGCAGGCAAAACACCUCCUUCACUUCCUGCAGCCUCCGUGUUCCCCCCUCCCCGGCGCUCCGUGCGAGCCUUUAGCGUGGAAGAUGGCGGGUGGCGUGGACGGCCCCAUAGGGAUCCCGUUCCCAGAUCACAGCAGCGACAUCCUCAGCAGCCUGAAUGAGCAGAGGAACAACGGGCUGCUGUGCGACGUGGUCAUCCUGGUGGAAGGCCAGGAGUUCCCCACCCACCGCUCCGUCCUGGCAGCGUGCAGCCAGUACUUCAAGAAGCUCUUCACCUCAGGGUUAGUGGUGGACCAGCAGAACGUGUAUGAGAUAGACUUUGUGAGUGCGGAUGCCCUGUCGGCGCUGCUGGAGUUCGCCUACACCGCGACCCUCACCGUCAGCACUUCCAACGUCAACGACAUCCUCAACGCCGCCACGCUGCUGGAGAUCCCGGCCGUCAGGGAUGUCUGCACGGAUCUCCUGGAGAGGAAGAUUCUGGCCAAAAAUGACCAGAUGGAUACAGUAGAUCAAAUUGAUCAGAGGAACCAUCUCAGAGCAAAAGAGUACCUGGAGUUCUUCCAGAGCAACCCCGUGAACGGCCACCAAGGCAGCUUUCCGUGGACCAACCCAGAGUUGAGAGACCUUCAGAGACUGAACUUCCGAGGCCAAGAGGAGGAGGAGGAGUCGAACUGCAAUGGCCUGGACUUCUACUCGCAAGCCACCCCAACCGAAAGACCAAAGGCAAGUGACUGUGACCCUGACAGCAACCCGGCCAUGUGGCUGGACCGCGAGGACGAGGAGCCGGUCAGCGGCGGGAUGUUCUCCCCUUCCCAGAACGGACAUUACAGCAGCCGUGGCUUGGCCACCCCAGGAGAAGAGGAGGGGGGCACCCCCAGGGGCCCUCUGGACCCGCAGGAAGCCGGGGACUCGCCCAGCUUCAUCCCCACUGGCACGGAGACGGAGGACGAUGCCAGGGAGGUGGAUGACCUGGCCGCCAGCGCCCUGCUCCAGCAGAUGAUCAACUCCGUGGGGCGGCAGCAGCUCGGCGACGACGACCGCAAGGACGAGGACGGGGUCAUGGAUUAUUACUUGAAAUAUUUCGGCAGUUCCAGCGAGGGCGACGUGUACCCGUCCUGGUCCCAGAAGGUGGAGAAGAAGAUCAGGGCGAAAGCAUUCCAGAAGUGCCCCAUCUGCGAGAAGGUGAUCCAGGGCGCCGGGAAGCUGCCGCGCCACAUCCGCACCCACACCGGGGAGAAGCCCUACGAGUGCAACAUCUGCAACGUCCGAUUCACCAGGCAGGACAAGCUGAAGGUGCACAUGCGGAAGCACACGGGGGAGAAGCCCUACCUGUGCCAGCAGUGCGGGGCCGCCUUCGCCCACAACUACGACUUGAAGAACCACAUGCGGGUGCACACGGGGCUGCGGCCGUACCAGUGCGACAGCUGCUGCAAGACUUUCGUCCGCUCCGACCACCUGCACAGGCACCUUAAAAAAGAUGGAUGCAACGGGAUCCCGUCCCGGAGGGGCCGCAAGCCCCGGGUGAGGGAGGCCGGGGCGAUGCCCCCCACCCCGACGGGCAGCGCCGAGGACGGGAGCUUCCCGGCCGGAGCCGAGAGCCAGGAAUCCGAGGACACCGCGCAGGGCACCGAGCAGGAGCAGCAGCACUUUGAGGAGAAUUCCAAUAACGAAGCGCCGGGAUUGAAUGUAGCAGGAGGGUCGGAUGAGGGUAACACGCAAGGACUCUCCUAAACCAAAAAAAAAAAAAAAAAACAACCCCAACAAAACAAAAAACCAACCCCAA